AUGGCCAAAGAAAUCAACGUUGUCAAUGGUGAAAAGCCGUCCGAUCCUGGUAUCGCACAUGAUGCCGAGUCCUGUGCCCCUGGCCAGGUGGACUCCAGCCCUCUGCAGAGAACCGAAACGCACCGCAACAUCAAGUCCCGUCACGCCCAGAUGAUUGCCAUCGGCGGAACCAUCGGCACAGGCCUCUUCGUCGGUAUCGGCCAAGCCCUCGCCAUCUCGGGACCUCUCAACCUACUCCUGGCCUAUGUCACCAUCUGCUUCUUUGUGUAUUGCAUCAUGACGGCAACGACCGAAAUAAGCUCCUACCUGCCUAUCCCUGGGUCUUCGAUGGCAUACUACGGAUCACGCUUUGUCUCAAAGAGUCUAGGUUUUGCCAUGGGUUGGCUUUACUUCUACUCUUUCGGCAUUCUCGUCGCCUACGAGAUCACGGCCGCGGCCCUCGUAAUCGACUACUGGCCUAAUCAGGUUCAUAUCGCAGUCUGGAUCACCGUUAUGCUCGUUGUUAUCGUUGCACUCAACUUUGCCCCCGUCGGUGCAUACGCAGAGACAGAGUUUUGGUUUGCAUCAACAAAGGUCUUUAUGAUCCUCGGCUUGCUGAUCCUCUCCAUCGUUCUCUGCUUUGGGGGAGCUCCGGCACAAGAUGGACGGCUCGGAUUUACAUACUGGAAGGACCCAGGUGCUAUGAACGAGUACCUUGUAGGUGGAGCUGCCGGCAGAUUCUGCGCUUUCAUCUACGCCUUGACAUUUUCCGUAUUUUCCUUCAACUUUGGCCCUGAGCUGAUCGUCAUCACCGGAGGAGAAAUGCGGGCACCUCGCAAGAACCUCCCCCGGGCAGCUAAGACCUUUGUGUACCGGUUGAUCACCUUCUACAUUCUAGGCGCUUUGGCCAUCGGUAUUAUCUGUCGAAGCGACGCACCAGGUCUGCUAAGUGGAGGCAAGGGAGCCGCUGCCUCGCCCUGGGUCAUCGCCAUCAAAGACGCGGGAAUCCAUACGCUUGACAGUAUCAUCAACGCUGGUAUCAUCAUUUCAGCGUGGUCGUCUGGAAACUCGUACCUUUACAUGUCCAGUCGGUCCUUGUACUCACUCGCCAUGGCAGGCAAUGCGCCCUCCAUCUUCAAGCGCUGUACCUCCUGGGGUCUUCCCAUCUAUGCAGUCAUGGCAAGCUCCCUGUUCGGGCUUCUCGCCUUUCUCAACGUUUCCUCUGGCGUGUCGUCUGUCUUUACCUGGCUCAUCAACCUAACCAACACUGCUGGUUUCACCUCGUGGGUCUGUUGCAGCAUUAUUCUCCUUCGGUUCCGCAAGGCUUGUGCGGCUCAAGGGAUUACUGACGUGCCCUUUCGAUCUCGGCUCCAGCCGUUCGCGUCCUAUGCUUGCAUCAUCUUCUUCACAUGCUUGCUUUUCCUGAAUGGCUUCGGAGUGUUCUUCCCUGGAAACUGGUCGACUUCUUCCUUCCUAACGUCCUACAUCGGUUUUCCCAUCUUCAUCGCCAUCUACUUUGCGCACAGAAUCUGGAAGAGAAAGGAUGCUUGGAUCAUUCCGUCGUCUCAAAUGGAUCUCACAACUGGCCUUGACUACAUUCUUGCCCUGGAGUCAAUUGAAUUGGAGUCAAGACCUAAGGAAAAGGCUAAUCGAGUUGUUAGCGCGCUCAAGAGGGUCCUCAGCUAA